AAUAACUUUUUUUUCUAUGCGGUCAAGUUGAAUGUGGGAAUUUCUAUCUCCGACAUUCAUCUUGUUCAGCAACCAUGAAGAUAAAAGCUUUAAGUCGCUCGGUUGCGACCUACCAACCAGCCGGAUCUGAUGUCCCCAAAGCGCCUCGAAACCUCGACCCAGCGAUCCAUCCUUUCGAGCGAGCACGAGAAUACACGCGCGCUCUCAAUGCCGUAAAAUUGGAGCGCAUGUUUGCGCAACCAUUCAUUGCGCAGCUUGGAAAUGGUCACGUAGACGGUGUUUACUCCUUGGCGAAGGAUCCCAAUUCCCUUGAUAGAUUUGCGUCGGGUUCAGGUGAUGGUGUUGUAAAAUGCUGGAGUUUGACAAGUAGAGACCAAAUCUGGAAGACGACUGCGCACGAAAACAUUGUUAAGGGAAUGGCAUGGACGCCUGAUCAAAAACUUCUUACAUGCGCUUCCGAUAGAUCAGUCAAGAUUCACGACCCCUACAACACACCGGACGAUUCAGGACCUAUUCACUCAUGGCUUGGUACGAACGCUUUUACAAGCUUGAGUGUUCAUAGGUCGAAGAACGCAUUCGCAGUUGCUUCCGACGUUAUUUCUAUUUACGAUCUCGACCGAUUUACAGCCGCACCAGAAGUUCUCCGAUGGCCUUCAUCCGGCGAAACGAUUACUUCAGUCUCCUUUAAUCAGAGCGAGACUUCAGUGCUGGCGUCUUGCUCUACCGACCGCUCAAUUAUUCUAUACGACCUCCGAACAUCCUCGCCACUUGCGCGUACCUAUCUAAACUUCAGCUGCAACAAGUUAUCUUGGAAUCCUAUCGAGCCAAUGAACUUCGCUGCGGCGAGUGAAGACCACAACGUGUAUAUAUUCGAUAUGCGAAGAUUCGACCGAGCAUUGAACAUCCUGAAGGACCAUGUAGCAGCAGUUAUGGAUGUAGAGUUCUCGCCUACAGGACAGGAGCUUGUUACGGCUUCUUACGACCGCACUAUCCGAUUAUUCAACCGAGACCAAGGACAUUCUAGAGAUGUAUAUCACACAAAGCGGAUGCAAAGAGUUUUCUGUGCGCGAUGGACACCAGACUCAAAGUAUUUGCUAAGUGGAUCUGAUGACGGAAACAUUCGUCUUUGGAGGGCAGAAUCCUCCAAGCGAGAAGGUGUCAAGUCUGCUCGGCAGAGACAAGCACUUGAAUACAACGAUACAUUAUCCGAGAGAUUUAGUCAUAUGCCUGAGAUUAGACGUAUCAAGCGUCACAGACAUCUACCAAAGGUUGUGAAGAAGGCUGGUGAAAUUAAGAAGGAAGAACUCAAGGCUAUCAAGCGACGAGAGGAGAAUGAGAGGAAACACACAAGGAAGCAGUUUGAGAAGAGGAAGAGUGAACGUGAUAAGGUCAUUCUAGCAAAGGAGAAGUGAUGGUUGAUGAUAUCCUUCAUGAAGAGGCUUACGCUAUGGUACAUUCAGGCAAUGCAUUUACAGGGCGUUAAAGGAGUUGGAGAUCAAAAAUCGAUACCAGGCAAGACUUAGGUUAGCUGCAUCCGUAUUCUCACAAUACAAAAUCAGAGAUGAGAAUUAUGAAUGAUAAAUCUCUCAUAAGAACCUUAAGUAGGCGCUGAAAUUUGCACUUAUAAUUCUACCACAAAGAAUACACGAAUAAUAUCACGAGA